AUGUAUCGAGAAACCAAGUCGAUAGUCGGGGAUUUUCUUCGGAGCGAAUGCAGGAAAGACACAGCGCAAAGAGGAAAAUGUCUGGAAUUUUUCAUUUUCAAUUGUGGAGCGUCCAUUUCCUACAGAAGAAGGCUACGUAUUUGCUAUAAAACUCAAUUCGUAAAGCUAGUUUGGAUUUGUGUAACGACAACAGUCGCUGUAGGCAGUCGAGGUCCUGUCAUAGUGCCGGAAGUUUCAUUUUCUCGUAAUAUCCCCCUCCCCCCAUCGUUUUUCUCUCCCUCCCCUCUUUCUUUCUUUUUUCUCUCUCUCUCUCUCUCUCUCUCUCUCUCUCUCUCUCUCUCACACACACACACUCGCCCACACACACACAUUUUUAUUCGGUUCCUCUAUCUCUAUCUCUCUUGCUCUUUCACUCUCUGUUUUUCAUAUUACCCUCUCUAUACUUCCAAUUUCUACUUUCUUUCAAUUAGUCUUCUCUCUCUCUUUCAUUUCUUUUUCCUCUUCUCUUUCUUCUCUCUUUCCUUUUUUUCUUCUUUCAUUCUCUCAUUCAUCUGCCUUUCUUUUCUUUUUUUUCUUUCCUCUUCUCUUUUUAUGAAUUCUUGUUUUUCAACUAAUUUCUCCUUUUUUCAUUCCCCUCUUUUUCUUCUUUAG